AUGUCUAUCCUUGGCAACAACAUGGAGACUCAGCCUCAGACCUCGUAUCUGGGCUCCUUCAAGGGAUAUAUCAGCAAGGCCAUGGAGCGUUUCUCCACCGGACCAGCUGUGGCCAAAGCUCAGCAGGGUGUUGUUGAACGUGGCCCUGUUCGAAGCGGACUCGCCCGGAUUGGUAACAAGAUCUACAAGCACCGAUACAAGGUGAUCCUUCUUGUUGGUAUCGUGGGCGGUCUGGUCGCCUCCGAGCUUGCCACCGCAACUCAGAGCCCUCAGGGGGGUGGCCGUGCCGUCGAGCACCAGCAUGAUCGUCGACAGGCCUACACCUACGGCCAGCGUCCGACCUUCACGUUUACUAACUCAUCUUCUACUGUCGAUCCGGGUGUCACUGUUACUGCUUUCUCUAUCUUGACGACUGCUCCCUCUGUUCCCGCUACUGAGACAACUACAUCCAGCGUCAACGAUACUACGUCUGCUACGUCUUCUGGUGUUACCAGCUCAGUCACCAAUUACACCACUGUGGUUACCACUGUUUACGGCACGGCCACUAUCACCGCGUUCGGAGGCUCGAACCAGUCUUCCCCCGCCGGCCCGAUUGUGAUCACGUCGACCAAAUCUGUCUUCUUGAACGGCACGCUAUCGGCAACCGCUAGCACAAUCACCCGGACUGUGACAGGCAACGCUACUAUGCCGACAUCGACUACAGGUUCCAUAGAUGCCAUGACUGCCACUAGUCUCACGGCUCUCUCGGGCGGCCUUCCCUUCUCGGCCGCGGGCCCUCAAGGCUCACGAAACACGUCUUAUGUCACAGUUACCGCGACAGCCACAUCCUUCGACAACUGUACCUUGGCAGCUUCGCAGACUCAGCAGCCUACCACCAACAUUACAACCAGCUCUGUCGUGACCUCUGAGAGUAUUACCGGAUCCAUGGUUGUUGCUACGGCAAAUUCUAGCACCCAGUCUGCUCCCGAGUCCACGUCCACCAAGACGACGACUACCGCUACGACGGCCAGCAGCUCUGAGGGCGACAGCUAUUCGGUCAUCGUGUUCACCACCACUGGCUUAGAGACAUCUACACUUCAGUUCACGCCGAGCCCAGUGCCUACCUCGACCACGGAUACGUGCGGCCUCAAGGAGACGGAGACCGUCACGGCCACCGUCUUCCAGACCGUGUAUCCCGUCCCCACCUCGUCGUCCAGUGACGGGGGCUAUCUAUCGGUCCAGACCGUCUCCUCGGUCCAGACAUCGGAUACUACUACUACCCCGACGGCGUCGUCCUCGGUGCAAAGUGACCCAUGCAGCGCGUCCACCGUUAUCGCCACGCCGAGCACAGCCUCUACUGCUUCGUCCUCCGCUAGCACGUCCAGCAUCUCGGUCUCUUCCUCCGGCAUGAACUCCUCGCGGGCCUCGACCCCGUGCAGCUCCGCCAACAUGUACACCGUGGUCGUGACGCCGAAGCUCGGCUCCUCGAGCGGCAGCGCAGCCAGCCAGACGUCUAGCAGCGAGGGCGGCGUCCUGACGGCGCAGAAUUUCUCCGCCCACAGCACCAGCACCGCCGGCGCGGGCAGCACCUUGACCACGCGCACCGUCUCCGCGCUCGCGGCUAGCACUACUCUGGGCUUCAACGGCACCGCCACCAACACGACCGUCGCCGGCACCCUCUCCGCGUCCGAGGCCUCCUCGCAGACCCCGCAGCCGACCGAGAGCCCCCCCGCCGCCGACGUCCUGACCGGCGGCGCCGCGAGCUCGACGCGCGCCCACUUGUUCACCACCGUCGCCGUCGUGGCCGCCCUCUCCUGGCUCUUGUGCCAGUAG